AUGCUCGACUUUAGGAACCCCGGCCUUCUCCUCGGGCUGAUCAUCCUUGUCGGCCUCGCCGCCCCCGCUGCUGCUUUCGGUGCAGGAAACAUCGCCUCCAUCUCCAAGGUCGAGGGCCAGAACUGGCGGCACGGUGACAUCGAAGAUGCCCUGCUCACCUUGGCCAUGGCCCGCGCCAUGAAGGGCAAAAAAUUCACCAAGAUCAUGGUCGCCCGCGUUUACUUUGGAAAUUGGCUGCGAGACUAUUCCCAGGCCAUCGACGUAGGCACCGUCAAAUCUGUUUCGGCCGAGGCCAUCAGGCUUCUCCUGAGCGUCCUCGGCUUCCUUACCUUUGGAUACGGUUCUGGAGAGUUUGAAAUCACGGCCGACCGGCUCGGCUGCUACCGCCCCGAGGACCACAUCGACAACCCCAAGAACUACGCCGACAACCAGGACGCUCGGCAGUACGACCGACGCUUGCGGGGCCCGAUCGACGAGCAGCGGGAGCUUGCCAUCGACCCCGAGACGGGCAUGAAGAAUUACAUAGCAAACGACCGUGCUGGUAUCAUGACGUCGUCGAAGCAUGUGAAGAAGCUGUUCGCCGGCUGCAUCGAGUUCGGACGUCGAUACAAGAACCGCGAAAACAAGGAGGACCUCUACGAGUCGCUCCGUCUAAUGGGCACCGGCCUCCACUGUCUCGAGGACUUUUUCGCCCACAGCAACUACACCGAACUCGCCUUGAUCGAAAUGGGCGAGCGCGAUGUGUUCCCCCACGUGGGACGAGACGCCCGCAUGCAGCUCAACGGUGCUCGCGGAGACGUUUAUCCCAUCAUUACCGGCACCUUUGGUGGUGUGGACUUUCUGCACUCGGUCGUCGGUGAAGUGUCGGACAAGAUGACCCAGAACGAGGUCGACGAGCUCGAGGGCGCCCUGCAGGAGGCCAAGAGUGCCGACACGAGCAUGCUUCGGGACCUGCUGAACAAUCUUCCCGACGGACUCUUUGGCGACAAGAACCAGGGUGCCAAGAUCGACGAGAUCCAGUCAAACGCGAGCGCCGCCCAGAUGCAGAACACGGCCGUCUCCCCCAGAGACCAGGAGGAGUUUACCGUCUACGUUCGCAACAUGCAUCAGCAGGUCAUGCCGGUCAUUCAGUUUCAUGACGAGAUCAUGAAGAGCAUCACGGAGGCGGUUGAAAAGAUCCCUGUGCUCCCCAAGAUCAUCGAGCAGCUCGAGGAGCAGCUCUCGAAGUUUGUCUUCUCCGUCAUUGCACCAUUCGUCGUCCCCCUCAUCCACCAGAUUCGAAACGAGCUACGGGUGGGAUCCGACGAGAUUGUGCAGAGCAGCGAGCAGGAGCAGCACAACGUUUUCGAGAACGACCGCUGCGACGACCCUACCCACUCGAUGCUUUCCAAGGACCACUUCUCCAACAUCCUGAACGAAAUCGCCGGAAGAACGGCGGCGAGGAUGCUGCACUGGGUUGUCCCCCAGCUCAUGGACGCCAUCGACGACGAGGGCACCGACGUCGACCGGGUCUUGAACCGCAUCGUCGACGGCGUGCUGCACCACCCCGCGCAGAGGGAGAUGGGACAGGACGGGGUUGCCGAGGCUCGCCGGAUGAUUUUCGAGCAGGUCCAAGGUUGGUGGAACGAGAUGGGCGACGGCCAGAGGGAGGAAUACCGCCGCAAGCUCUGCCGCGAAGGCGUCCAGAGGGGUGAGAACCACAAGGAGGGUGUUCACGACACCGGCCACGGACACGGAUGCUCGGGCAAGCUGCACAUGCGCAAGCUGUACGGCGAACCGGAGACUCUCGAGACGAAGAUUGCGGGAGCCGCGGCGGAUGCCAUCUUCCAGGGUGCCAGCGGCGCCAUCUCCGGGCUGGUGGAGCAGAACACCGGGUACAAGCUGCCGUCGACGCGGAAGGAGGAGGAGGAGCAGAAGGAAGGUGGCCUGGGCGGCUUCCUCAGCGCCGCGGGCUCCAUCCUCGGAGGCGCCUUCGGCAAGGACGAUUCGGAGAAGCAGACGAGCGGACAAGGAUACGGCGGCAGCUCCUACGGCAAGACUGAGACAGGGUACGGCGGUCACGGAAGCCGAUACGGCCAGUCUGAGCAAACGGAGACGUACCGGCCGGCCGGCCGCAGCGAUGAACGGCCCUCACGGUACGAGCAAGGGGAGUCGCAGGGCGGAAGGCAGACGACCGGCUACGGCCACGACGAGAGAACGGACAAUCGGCCGACGCACGGAGGCCGGCACGAGCAGCGGAACGAACGCAGCGAGUAUCGAGACUCGGACGAGGGUAGCUACGGGGACCGCCGCUCCGAACGCCACGGCGGCGGCCACCACGGCAGCGACUACGGCCGCCAGGACGAAGACAGCUACGGUGGGGGUCAGGGACGUCGCCACGAGAGCGGCGGCUACGGCGGCGGCAACGGGCGACGGGAGGAGACGAGCUACGGCGGAGGCGGUCGGGACAGCGGCCGUCGCGACGAUGACUACGGCAGCGGCUACGGCGGAGGCAACGGGCGACGGGAGGAGACGAGCUACGGCGGAGGUGGUCGGGACAGCGGCCGUCGCGACGAUGACUACGGCAGCGGCUACGGUGGCGGCAACGGGCGACGGGAGGAGACGAGCUACGGUGGAAGUGGCCGGGAUAGCGGCCGUCGCGAUGAUGACUACGGCGGCGGCCACGAGCGCCAAGACGAAGGCGGCUACGGACGUCGGGAGGAGCGCAGCGACUACUCUGGCCGGCGAGAUGACGACGAUGAGAGCAGCCAGCAGGAGUACCGUCGGCGUGAGCAAGGCGGAGGCUACGGCGGCGGCUACGGCGGCGGCGGCUACUAA